AUGGGUCAUAGAGCAAAAAUAUGUUGGUGGGUGCCUAAGAAGCCGGCUCAAUCUGAUGAUAUACCACAAGCUCUAGCUGCACUCACCCUAGAUAACACAAUAGCUGAAACAGAAUGGACCUCUGACACUGGAGCAUCCAACCAUAUGACAGGUAAACCAAGUAUGCUUAAUAACAUAAAAAAAUACUCAGGUACAGAUUCUGUCCUUAUUGGUGAUGGUUCUUCACUAUCAAUACUUGGUAUUGGAGACUCCUUCAUCAAGCAAAGGAAUGUUACUCAACCCCUUCAUGAUGUCUUACUAGUUCCUUCCUUAACAAAGAAUCUACUCUCUAUAAGUCAAUUAACUACGCAAUUUUCUGUUAAUUGUGAAUUUUCUAAUGUUGAUUUUUGUGUUAAGAAACGAGAAACAGGGAAACCCAUGAUCACAGGGAGGUGCAAGGGUGAUCUAUAUGUACUUUCUCCCUCACCUGAAUUGCAUUACUCUCAUCGUUUCAAAUCUGGAUCAGCAAACACUUGGCAUCAAUGUCUAGGACAUCCUCAAACUAUAGCUUUACAAUUGCUAAAGAAUAAAGGGUGUGGAGUGGAAUGCGUGUGGAAGCACAACUGUGUUAGUGUUGAAAUGGUUCCAAAGGCAAAAAAUGGGUCCAUUCAAUCCAUUUUCAUGCAUGCUGAUAGCUUAGACUGGGUUUUUAUGGUUUUUGGUUUCUUGGGUGCUAUUGGUGAUGGUUUCACCACCCCUUUUUGCUUAUAUAUCACUAGUCGAAUUAUGAACAACAUUGGUAGCGUUUUAACAAUGGCACCCAGCACUUUCAUUCAAAACGUCAAUAAGUAUUCACUGACGUUGUCAUAUUUGGCUACUGUGUCUUUUUUUGCUUCCUUCCUUGAGGGCUAUUGUUGGACAAGAACAGGUGAAAGACAAGCUGCAAGAAUGAGAGUAAGGUAUUUAAAAGCAGUACUCAGACAAGACGUAGCAUACUUUGAUUUGCAUGUCUCAAGCACAUCAGAAGUUAUCACCUGUAUCUCUAAUGAUAGCCUCAUAAUUCAAGAUGUACUCAGUGAAAAGGUUCCAAAUUUACUGAUGAAUUUCUUUAGGUUUCUUGGGAGCUACAUAGUGGCUUUUGCAUUGUUAUGGAGAUUGGCCAUUGUGGGGUUGCCCUUUGUGAUUCUUCUUGUGAUUCCGGGUUUAAUUUAUGGUAAGAUUUUGAUGAGGUUGGCUAGAAAGAUAAGAAAAGAGUACAGUAAGGCUGGUACAAUAGCAGAACAAGCAAUAUCUUCCAUCAGAACCGUUUAUUCCUUUGUGGGGGAAGGCAAGACCAUGGAUGCUUUCUCUAAUGCUCUGCAAGGAUCAGUUAAGUUGGGGUUGAAACAAGGGUUAGCUAGAGGCAUGGCCAUUGGAAGCAAAGGUGUUGUCUUUGCUAUAUGGUCUUUCAUGGCAUAUUAUGGAAGUAGAUUGGUCAUGUACCACGGUGCUAAAGGAGGAACUGUGUUUGCAGUUGGAGCAGUCAUGUGUGUUGGUGGAACGGCAUUAGGUAGUUGUUUAUCUGAUUUGAAGUACUUCUCAGAAGCAUGUGCUGCUGGGGAACGCAUAAUGGAAAUGAUAAGAAGAGUUCCUAAGAUUGAUUCUGAAAAUAUGGUUGGAGAGAUUUUAGAGAAGGUUUUAGGCGAAGUGGAAUUUCAUCAUGUUAAAUUUGUGUACCCAUCAAGGCCAAAUAGUGUUAUUCUAAAUGAUUUUUGUCUCAAGAUUCCAGUUGGGAAAAAAAUGGCCUUGGUUGGAGAGAGUGGUUCAGGAAAAUCCACUGUGAUAGCACUUCUGCAAAGAUUUUAUGACCCUAUUGAGGGAGAGAUACGUCUUGAUGGUGUGGCUAUUCAUAGGUUGCAACUCAAAUGGUUGAGAUCUCAAAUGGGUUUGGUGAGUCAAGAACCUGCUUUGUUUGCAACUAGCAUUAAAGAGAACAUACUUUUUGGAAGAGAAGAUGCUACUCAUGAAGAGAUUGUGGAGGCUGCUAAAGCUGCCAAUGCUCAUGAUUUCAUUUCACAGUUGCCACAAGGAUAUGAUACCCAGGUUGGAGAGAAAGGAGUUCAAAUGUCAGGAGGACAGAAACAAAGGAUUGCUAUUGCCCGAGCAAUAAUAAAAAAUCCACAAAUUCUCCUUUUAGAUGAAGCAACAAGUGCACUAGACUCUGAAUCCGAACGCAAAGUGCAAGAAGCUAUUGACAAAGUUGCUAUAGGUCGAACAACCAUCAUCAUAGCUCACCGCUUAUCCACCAUAAGAGAUGCAUGUGUUAUUACUGUUAUGCUGAAUGGCAAGAUCAUGGAAAUGGGCUCCCAUGAUGAACUCAUGCAAAAAAACAAUGGAUUUUACACAUCAUUGGUUCAUUUUCAACAAAUUGAGAAAUCAAAAUGUGAUUUAGAUGACACACACUCUCUCACUUCUACUUCAUCUACAUCAAAUGAAGAUAAUUUAGAUGGUCAAUUGCUCUCAUUUGUAAGUCAUUCUAUUCCUACAAACUUGGCAUCUCAAUCUUCACUUGCUAAUGAAGAGAAUGCUGAAAAAGAUAGAGAUGAUCAAAAGUUUCCAUCCCCUUCAUUUUGGAGAUUGUUUGCCUUGAAUCUCCCUGAAUGGAAACAAGCAUUUUUGGGGAGUUUAAGUGCAAUGUUAUACGGUGCAAUUGAGCCAUUGUACGCAUUUGCGUUGGGGUCGAUGAUAUCAAUUUAUUUUCUCACAAAUCAUGAUGAGAUGAAAAGGAAAGUUGCCAUUUAUUCCUUAUUUUUUGUGGGAUUGGCAAUGUUUUCGUUGGUUGUUAAUAUCAUUGAACAUUAUAGUUUUGCUUACAUGGGAGAGUACUUGACCAAAAGGGUGAAAGAAAGAAUGCUUUCCAAGAUACUCACUUUCGAGGUUGGGUGGUUUGAUCGAGAAGAAAAUUCUACUGGUGUUGUUUGCUCUAGACUAGCUACAGAACCCAACACAAUAAGAUCUUUAGUGGGAGAUAGAAUGGGUUUGUUGGUACAAACAAUCUCUGCUGUGAUUAUAGCAUGCACAAUGGGCCUAAUCAUUGCAUGGAGACUAGCUAUUAUAUUGAUAACUGUUCAACCUAUAGCCAUCGGUUGCUUUUACACAAGACUUGUACUACUAAAGGGUAUGUCUAACAAAGCCAUCAAAGCUCAAGAUGAAAGUAGCAAGUUAGCUGUUGAAGCUGUUUCCAACCUUCGAACCAUCACUGCUUUUUCCUCACAAGAUCGAUUUAUUAAAAUGCUUAAAAAUGCACAAGAAGGUCCAAGUCGUGAGAGCAUUCGACAAUCAUGGUUUGCAGGCAUUGUCCUUGGAUUAGCUCGAAGCCUUACAACUUUCACUCGAGCUAUAGAAUAUUGGUAUGGUGGAAAGCUUGUUUCCCAUGGCUACAUUACUUCAAAAGCAAUGUUUCAGACCGUUUUAAUUUUGGCGAAUACAGGUAGAGUCAUUGCAGAUGCUAGUAGCAUGACUAGUGACCUUGCAAAAGGAACAGAUGCAGUUGACUUAGUUUUUUCAAUCCUUUAUAGAAACGCAAAAAUUGAGCCUGAUGAAAGGAAUGCAUAUAAGCCUAAGAAUUUAACAGGCCAAAUAGAACUCCAUGAUGUUUGUUUUGCAUACCCAUCAAGACCUAGUGUAAUGAUUUUUCAAGACUUCUCAAUCAAAUUUGAUGCAGGAAAAUCAACAGCACUGGUAGGGCAAAGUGGGUCUGGUAAAUCAACCAUAAUAGGCUUGAUAGAGAGGUUUUAUGACCCACUUAAGGGGAUUGUGACCAUGGAUGGCAAAGACAUAAAGUUAUAUCACCUUAGGUCUCUUAGGAACUAUGUUGCACUUGUGAGCCAAGAGCCAACUCUUUUUAAUGGGACCAUAAGGGAAAACAUUGCCUAUGGAUCAUUUAAUAAGACUAAUGAAGUUGAGAUCAUUGAAGCAGCAAAAGCAGCUAAUGCUCAUGACUUUAUUUCAAGCAUGAAGGAUGGUUAUGACACAUGGUGUGGGGAUAGAGGAGUGCAAUUAUCUGGGGGCCAAAAGCAAAGGAUUGCAAUAGCUAGGGCCAUACUAAAGAACCCCAAAGUGUUACUUUUGGAUGAGGCCACUAGUGCACUUGAUAGUCAAUCAGAAAAGGUGGUUCAAAAUGCGUUGGAAGGAGUGAUGGUAGGAAGAACAAGUGUGGUGGUGGCUCAUAGGUUGAGCACCAUAAAGAGUUGUAAUCAAAUAGUUGUAUUGGAUAAAGGGAGAGUGGUAGAGGAAGGUACCCAUUCAUCUUUGUUGGGUAAGGGACAAAGUGGAGUUUACUACUCUUUGGUAAGUCUUCAGAGUAGGGCAGCAACAGACACUAGUGGCUAUUAACAUUGAACACUCCAUUGACUAAUCAAGCCAAAUCAAACCAAAACAUUUUCCAAUUUUAGUAUUCGAUCUCCUCUUGGUCUUGUGGGAAGAAUAAAGAAACGAAUAAGAUGAUAGAGUUAGUGCACAACACACUAAAGUUCCAAGCUGUAUGUUCUCCUUUUAUAUCAUUAUAGAAGUUGCAAGGUUUGUUGCUUCUAU